AUGAUCCAUUCACUUCGAGUUAAGGAGUGGUUGGAGUCACAAGGCAUAGAGUUGUCAAAGGAGGAAGAGUUACCGGUGGAUCCAUAUGUUGAAAAACAACGAUGGAAGACAGUGCAGCCACCAAGGAGGAUGACCUCACAGCAUGAUCCGCUCCGACGCUUUCUGGAAUACGAUGGAAAAGUACUCACAUUCAAUGUGGUGUGGGACGAUCGCGACUCUGUGAGCGGUGAACUUGGCGAAUACAAGCUUUUCUAUUUUCUUCAAGACGACACCAUUGCCGUAAAGGAACUACACGAUGGAAGAGGUGGGAAAGAUCCCUUUCCUAUGCUUCUGAAGAAAAUGAAGUUGCCAAAGAAAUGGAAAGAAAAGCCGGUAUCGUUUCCAUCAAUAGUGAUGGAGACAACAGAGGAAGAAGUGACGGAGUAUUACUCCCCAAGAGACCUCAUUGUCGGGGAGACGAUCUUUGUCUUUGGUCGACGCUUCUUGAUAUUUGAUUGCGACGAAUUUACGAGAAGAUAUUACAAAACAAUGUUAAAUAUUGACCAGCCAUCCAAAAUAGAAAUACCUCAGGAAAAGACCAAGGAAUUUCCGAAGGUAUUUCCACCGCAUAUUGGCAUUGGAGCGCCCGAGGAUACGCUGGGGUCGUGCUUUGGCUUAAUGCCUAAGCCUCCUCACAAGGACGUCAUUAAAUACAAUCUAAACGCAAACAAGUACCUACGCUAUCUCUGCGAGUUGGAUUGGAUCCAUCCGGAGGAUAAGGGCAGGAAGUUUGUGCUGUCCUACAGUUUAGCAGAUGGCACCAUAAAGAUCGGGGAGAUUCCGCAAAGGAAUUCUGGAAUCCGAGAGGGGAAAUUCUUGAGUUCGAUGCGGCUCCAGACGCCUGAUUCGGACCCAAAUUUCCCGACGUAUUAUACCCCUGAUAAAUUUUACAUAGGAGCCAUCGUGCCUGUUUUCAAACAUCGUUUCAAGAUUAUCGGCUGCGAUUUGUUCGUGUAUAGAUACAUGAGCGCCAAUCCCGAGAAAUUCCCACAGGAGGUGAUCGACAACGUUCGCAACUAUCACAUGCGAGAGGGCAACUUGAAGGAUGAGCUUGAGGAGGCGGUCAGGGAUUUGCAAGCGCAGGAGACUCGGGCACAGCUGGCGAAGAUCGGGCAGGCCGCGGUGGCGGAGCCGGACGCUAUGGAGCGCUGCCUCUCCCAGCUCGGUGUUGUGGAGGGGAGCGCCACCCCGCCAAGGCCACCCACGCCGCCCGCCCUCACCGACCGCAUAUCCUACGACGAUUCGUUGCGCGCCGCUAGGCUGAGCAAACCAACAUGCGACAACGUGUUACCGCUGAAAGGCAUACUGAGGUCUGGCGAGGCGCGGGAUGAUCACCAGAAGGUGGUGUGCUUCAGUGGACCGUUGGCAGACGAGCGUCAUAAGGAGAAACCCAGAGAGCUGAUGUACCCACCCGGACAGCAGCCGCAGUUCGAUGAAGAUCCGAACUUCUGUGAUAAGUAUAAGGAUGCGGGCGCAGACGAGAGGGCAGAUCGAAGGGCGAGAAAUGAAUGUCCUUAUGAAAUCUCACCAAGUGCUCGAAUGCUUGAAAAUGCAGAUGAUGCUAUCAAAUCGGGUCCUGCAGGAUACCUGGGCACGUAUGGCGUGGACUGCAAAGAAGUACCUGAGUACAUGCGUUUACCGCACGACGCUUAUGAACGCGCGAGAAAACUGCGCCAGGACGUGCCAAUGAUCUCGCCAGCAGCGGAAAGAGUGGCUCAUCUCCCGAGGGAUGAGUUACCCCCAGUCGAGGCGUGUUCAGAGCAGAGAACGGAGGAUACGCCCUGUCCCCAGCGUCAAGAAGAAGAUGUAGCCUUUAGCUGUCCACACUCGGAGCCCACCGCGGCGUGCUGUGCUGACACAAAUAUAAGACUGCCG